AUGGAAGGUAUUGUAGUAAGAAGGGUUAUUCCCUCAGACAGUAGUUGCCUCUUCAAUGCGGUUGGGUAUGCUAUGGACCAUGACAAGAAAAAAGCUCCUGAGUUGAGACAGGAGAAGUAUUCCGAAAGGGCUCUGCUGAUCUAUGAUGGGCUUCAUUACAAUGCUUUAGCUAUGUCACCCUUUGAGGAGUUUGAUCAGACUAUAUUUGCAGUUAAGGACAGUACCAUUGAGCCGGUUGACAGGCUCGCUCUUAAUCUUGUGAAAGAGCAACAAAGUUCGUUCACAGAUUGGACUAAAGGACUAAGGCCUACCAAAUGCUUAAGGGUAGGGGCAGAUAGUGGAAAGAUAACCAAAGCCGUACAGAAGCACAUGAGAAGAAAGAAUGUAAAGGAGGAGUUAGUGGUGCGAUAA